GUCGUGAUCGGCUUAGAUUCGUAUCCCAAAAUUGACGCUGGAUCAUUGUCUAAAGCAGUCACCAGUGGCAGCAGCACAGGUCAUGGUGUCCAAAAUAUCCACUCGAGAAAUGAAUGCGCUGAAAGCCCUACCCCGUAAUACUCAGCAAUGUGCCAUACGAGCCCUACAUGGAAGCGUAGCGGACCUCCGCCUAGUCGUCAAAAACCUGCCUCCUUCACGCGAACACAGAAUUCAUUUGAUCCCGGUGUUUCAUGCUCUCCUGGACGCUUCUCGCAUACCUGAAGUUACCAUGGCAGGCUCCGACGUUGAACACAUCACAAACAUCCUGCUGGCUAAGGAAGCUUUCCUUGGGGUCAUGAUAGUCAGUGGUGAUGCCGGUGAUGAUGAGGCGGACGCGGAUCCCAUCGUCACCCGUUUUGUGACCUCCAAGUGGGAUAUGCUAUUCCCAUGGAUGCAGUUUUUUGCACACCAGCUGUCUGCAGCCUGGAGAAACCCGUCGAUGGAUGCUUCAUUCAAACUCACUAUGUUUGACGCUGUCAAGAUUUGUAUCCAGACGCUUAGAACCAUCUGCGAAUUCUCAUCAGAUGGGCGACGACUUUUCAGGACCACUCCCGCAAUCCAGAACUAUUUUGUCCAGCUAUGGAUAAUGAUUGGAACCAUGCCGAGUGAUCGCAAGGUAGAAGCCGUCAGUCCUGUAUUCAAGACAUACCAUGUCAUGGGCACGCUUCGGUCAUCACUGGCUGGGGUCGCUGUUGCUGCGCUACAUGACCGCUCAUUGCUUCCAUCCCUUAUGCGUUUGGCGGGGGGCGCAACAACUUUCGUUUCUAUGGCUCUCAAAUAUGUUCGACGUAUGACAAGGGAGUUACAGUCCCUUGUUUCAUUAUUGUCCCCCAAUAAGUCACAGCCGCAAGAUGUCCAUGCAGAUGAAUACUGCAUCUCGAUGGUAAUAGGCUUUUCGCACGCCAUCGAAUUCAUUUUCCUCAUCAGCGAGAUUAGUAACUCAUGUCGUGAGUUACUACUCGAGAUGGGGUCCAUGCACACAGUCGCCAUCGCUAUUUCCUGUAUAUGGCCGAAAUUUGUGAGUGACUCGAUCCACUACCAUCCGACUCAACAGUUACCUCGAGUUGAACUCGAGAAGAGGAGGAGUCUCAUCCGAGCCUGUUUCCGCUACGUCAACUUCGUGUUAUAUCACGCGGAUAAUAGCGUUUCAGCAUUGGAUGAAGCACUUAAAACUGACCUUCUCGAAUCAAUAAAUCGAGCUAUCAACAUUCCUUACCGUAAUCAUGGCACGGAACAGCCUCUCGUGGAACCAGCUUGUCGAAACUCUUUCCAUUCUUCCCCAGUUUUUCGGUUCCCUGACUAUCAUGAAGAGGCUCCAACACAACCAAGAACUCAUGCGCAUUGACCCCGAUCCGAAUUAUCCUGGCGAUCCAUUGAUAAAGAGUAAAUGGUAUAUGGUAGUCGACACUGCUCUCCCACUUUUGGCACUUCAGCUGAAAACAAACGUACGUCGCGAGCCCUUUUUCGCCCGGCGAUGCAGAAGCAACAACUGCCCGCGGGUAACAGACGAUCUGGACACAUCCACUCAUCCUAGUUAUCGAUGCUCUGCUUGUACUGUUGCGCAUUAUGGUUCUAAAAGGUGCCAGGUUGCAGACUGGAAGGAUCAUACGCAUUGGUGUGGUCCUCUUCGAGC